GUUAUGAGAUGCCACGCUUCGCCGACUUCCAGCGCCUGACAAGCGCUUAAAAGACCCUUGCGCGAUGCCGUUUUGCUCCGUUGGAGGUUGCUUCACCAAGCGGGAGGAUGGGAAGCGCUUGCUGCGCUUUCCGUUGGGCAGCAAAGACCAACACCGGCUUCGCGCGUGGUUGGAGCUCGUCGACCGCGAAAAUUUUGAGCCCACGGCACACUCCAGGGUCUGUGAGGACCAUUUCGAACAGAGCCAAUUUGAGGCAAACAGGGCGGACGGUCGAAGACUGCUCAAGUCGAAUGCUGUUCCUAGCAUACCAGCGCCGAGAAAUGCACAAAAAGUGCCAAGGAGCAAAGUCCUGAAGAAGCGAAGCAAUGGUCAGCUGCAAGCAACUUCAAGCACUGCAGCAACAACAGAAGUGCAGAAGAAAACUGAACCUGUGGUC